UUGGCAUGUCGCAGGGCCAGUUCAGUAAGGUCCUGCGACGUGUCUGCCAGGCUUUCCUCAAGCGUGUUAAGCAAUUUAUUGCUAUGCCUUUGGAUGUUGGUGCCCUAGAUGUGGUGAAGCGGCAAUUUGCGGAAGGUGGUAGUCGCUUCCCACAUGUUAUUGGGGUUGUGGAUGGCACACAUGUAGCUAUUCAGCCACCAAAACAUAAUGAAGAAAUUUAUAGAAACAGGAAACUGUUUCAUUCUCUGAAUGUAAUGGUUGUUUGUGGGCCAUCCCUCCAGAUCCUUUCCCUGAACGCAAAGUUUACUGGAAGUUCCCAUGAUGCGUAUGUCAUUAGACAAUCAGGGAUAUGGCAGAGAUUAAGAUCAAGUCAACGACCAGACAUGUGGUUAUUGGGAGACCGUGGAUAUCCUUGCACCCCCUGGCUCAUGACUCCUUACCGUAAUCCCAGGCCAGGACCACAGAUGGCAUUUAACUCCGCGCUUACUGCCACUAGGCAGCUGGUGGAGCGCACAAUUGGUGUCCUGAAAGGGCGGUUUCGUGUGCUCCACCGCACUGGUGGCGACAUCAUGUAUUCGCCGGAGAUGGCAAGUAAAAUAGUGGUCCUGUGCGCAAUACUCCAUAAUAUCGCGGUAAGGAGUAGUGUAGAGCUUCCUCAGGCAGAGGAAUUGCCUGAUGAGGAGCCAGGGGUUGUGCCACGCUUCGGUGGGGGGAGUGUGACACGGAGGGGGAGCCAAGUGAGGGCAAGAAUUGUAGCAGAAUAUUUCAGCUGAAUGAUCACACGAACUGUGGACAACAACAACGGCAAAACUCCCCACCCCCUUCCCCUUCUCACUCCCCCUCCCCUUCUCACUCCCCCUCCCCUUCUCACUCCCCCUCCCCUUCUCACUCCCCCUCAGCUUCCCAGUCCCCCUCAGCUUCCCAGUCCCCCUCAUCUUCCCAGGCCCCAUCAGCUUCCCUGGCCCACUCCACUUUACAUUCCCCUUCUCACCACACCUCUCCAUCUCUUUCUGGGACCCCUUCUCCUCCUUCCCAUACCCCUUCUCCUUCAAAAUCAACAUCACAAUCUGAACCACCCUCACCCUCUAUUGCUUUAACUUUUUCUCCGCCCCCCUCGCCCUCUCAAUCAGACCCCCCCUCUGAAAUUGCGGACCAAAUCCAGCCUCCUUCCCCCAUCCAGCCUCCUUCCCCAAUCCCUCCUCCUUCCCCAAUCCCUCCUCCUUCCCCAAUCCCUCCUCCUUCCCCCAUCCAGCCGCCUUCCCCCAUCCAGCCAACAUCCCCACCAAGUGAAUGGGCAGAGGAAGCCCCUGCCGAACGUUCCGGGAGUCUGGAUGUUGCCGUGGAAAAUGUUGCAGUUGGAGAUCCCACAAGUUUUUCAGGGAUACUUUACACCAUGCGCCAACACCUGCAAGGAAUGAUGGAUUGUGUGGACCAUUUGCAAAAAUUUGCUUG